AGAAAUCUUUGAUUGUUAAAAUUUAAUAAAACAAAACAACAAAAAAACUAAUUAAAACCAUCGUCGAUUAAAAAAUUUUAAUUCAAUUUAUUUGUUUUAAGUUAUGAGUAGGUUGCAUUUCAAAAGCAACCAAAAUAAUUGACAAAACGGCUGCCAAAUUAGAUAAAAGAUUUAAAAAAUCAACCACCAUUACGGUGUGGUCGAUUAUUAAUUAUAAAUUAUUGUUAUUGGCUAUUGUAAUAAUGUUAUUACAAAUAGUACCAUUAACAAAAAUGGUUGCCGCAGCACCAGUACCAGAACCAGUUCCAGAACCACAUCAAAAACACAAUACAUUUAUAUCAAAAAUCUCACCACAUAAAUCAUCAUCAUCAUUAUUAUCAUCAUCAUCUGCAGAAAUGAAUCCAUUAAUAAUGAAUAAUAAUUUAGAAAAUUUAUCAAAUUCAUUAGGAAAUAAUUUUAAAACAUAUGAUUCAAAAAUAUCAACAACAAAUAGAAAAAAGAAACAUCGAAUACGUUCAUUGGAUACAUCGGAUAUGCCAUGGGAAAAUCCAUGUGGUGGUAGAUUUAAGGGUAACAUCGUGGUUAACCAAAAGACAGUAACAAUACAAAAAAGAAGAAAGGUCUACAAACAGUUGCGUGAUGCUAUCAGUUUAGCCAACAUGCAUGAAUUCAUCCCGGGUUCGAUACCCAUUAAUGAUUUCAGUGAAUGGAUUAAACAUGCAGAAACAUAUAAUUUUCUUCCUGUUAUACAACCAAAAUCAAAUAUAACAUUGGUUAGAUGGCAUCAACAAAUGCAACGUUAUGUUGGUAUUAUAUCACAUUUAAGGAAGCGUACCGAAAAAAAUAGUCGUAAUUAUAGAAAUGGUGAUUUUCGUACAGAACUCUAUGAAUUAUUGCAAGCAUCAAAAAAAGUUCUUUGUGCAAUUGAAACAGCAAUUAAUACAACAUUAAGUAGACCAUCAGCUGCACAAUCAAGAAUUAGACGUUAUACAAAACAAGAAAUGAAUAGAUAUAUUGAAAAAUUACAAACAACAAAUAAUCGUGUUAGUGAAAUUGAUUUAAAAUAUGUUAAAGUUAAUUAUAUAAAUACAACAAAUGGUAUGAUGAGAGCAUUAAAAAGGAAAAUACGUGAAAUGAGUUGUGUAAUACAAGAACGUAAACAUAAUGCAUCAUUAGAAACAGAUAAUAAUGCAUCGAUCUCAACAUCAUCAGGAUCAUAUAUGAAUCAACAAGAUAAUAGCAGUAGUAAUAAUAGUAAACAACAAAUAAAUUUUAAUAGCUAUUUUGAUUUAUUUGAUAGUAACACCAGUAAUAAUAGUAAUUAUAAUAGUAAAAGUAUGAAUAGUAAUAGUGUAGAAGGUGGUUUUAAACGUUCUAAAUUUUGCCAAAGAAUAUUAGAAGAAAAACAUAAAAAAAAAUCAAAUAGGCAUAGAAAUCCUGGUGCUGUUUUUGGUUAGGUAGCCUUUUUUUUCACACUCUCUUUAGGUAAUUUUUUUUUUAAAUAUAAAUUUUAAAUAUUUUUUGUAAAUUAUUUAUUGAUUAUU